AUGGGGAAGGAAUUUUACAACGACGUGCAACGUCUCGUGAAAAAGCACGACAUCAAUCAUUAUUCCACGUAUCGCGCUAUAAAGAUCGCGGGCCCGGCAAAGUUCAAAACGGGCGACUCGGUACGCGUCAGCAAAUACAAGACAAUUUUCGAGAAGGGUUACACGCCGAAUUGGACCACCGAGGUGUUUAAGAUCGUUAAAGUGCAGCAUACCAAUCCCGUAACCUACCUACUCGAGGACUAUCGUGGAAAAUCCGUCGCUGGAGCGUUCUACGAGUACGAGUUGCAUCGCGCGACUUAUCCUGACGUGUAUCUCGCGGAGAAAGUACUGCGCAGAAGGGGUGACGAGGUUUACGUGAAAUGGUUGGGAUUCGAUGGAUCGCACAACUCAUGGAUACACAAGGACAAUGUGAUUUAA